AUGGGCGUUAAGUGGGUCUUGGAUGUAUCAGAUUUGAAUGUACAUUGGUGUAAACCUUAUCUGACCGAGGCACCUUUCAUCAUUGUCAUCAUGAAACAGAUUUAUGCGAUCGGUUCGGACGGUGAACGACGUCCACCAUACUAUAAUGAAGUGAGUGUUGCUAUAGCUACUGGACUUUUAAUUGCAGCUAUUCACGUAUGA